CCUGACAACCUUUCCGUGCUGAAAUAGAUACAACGAUGUCGGGAAGCAAAGAGCAGAGAGCACCUGCUGGGGCGAAUGCAGCGUUGAAGCUAGGCUUGACUUGCUUAUCAGCGAUGACUGCCGAAGCAGUGACAUACCCAGUAGAUAUGAUAAAAACGCGACUGCAACUACAGGUGCGUGAGUCAUUACUCUGCGCUCGAUUGCUCGCUGUCAUGCUCAGCGGCUGAGACGAAGCUGUUUACUUGUAAUGGAAAUCGUGCAUAAAGCUUACAUAUAACUCAUUAUGACUGUAGCAUGUGCCAAAAGAGCGUCGCUGUUUCACGUUGACAUGGAGCAAGUAUACCCCAUGCAGCGACGGCAUCGGCAGUAUACCGAUCCUGCCCCGGUGGCUUUCGUGUAGCUAUGAAUAGAACUUUAGAUGAAGAUUGGCGAGACCCAUCGGGUGUAUGACGCUCAACCACUGCCUAAGGUGUUGGCACAUCCAUACGACUUGCACACCACUGCUUAACACCACAAGCAUCCCACCCGCAUUUCUUCCCUAAGCGGUCACAGCUACACCUAGGACUAGCCGGCGUGGAGCUUGUCAAGGGACUGACACGACCAUAUUCCACGGAGUCCAGUCCAGUACAGUCCUGUACGCUCCCUUCACGGGUUUCCUAACUGCCAAAGUUACCCUGACAUCCAAUCCCCUUACUGUCCCCUAUCACACCCGCCAACAUCCCCAUUCAGGGCGAGUUAGUCAGCAGCAGCGGCAGCGGUGGACUAGCGGGUCGGGCAGCCGCGAAGGGAAGCAAACCGUACGGCGCUGUACGAAUGGCCUUGGAGCUUGUACGGCGCGAGGGUGUACGGGGACUGUAUGCGGGACUGUCACCGGCUAUUUUGCGACAUGUGUUUUAUACGGGCACGCGGAUAACGGUGUAUGAGCAGUUGCGUUCCGCCUCCUCGUCUUCCUCGACGUGUCCUUCACCAACCUCACCCUCAUCAGGAGCAUCGUCCUCCUCUUCGCCGUCCACUGGUUCCAACGGUUCGAGAAGUGGUAACAGCAGCACCAGCAGCAGCAGUGGCGGCGGAGUGGGUUCUCGACUGCUGAUGGGGCUCACGGCGGGGGCGGUGGGGCAGGCGGUGGCGGUGCCAGCGGACCUCAUCAAGGUGCGGCUGCAGGGCGAGGGGC